AUGCCACGCCUAGCACAGGUACUUCUCGCGGCCGGAGCAACUCUCCUUGGCCUCACUUCUGCACAAUGCAAUCUCACACCAACGGCCAGUAUCGCUACUGCUGAUGGCGUGGAGCAGAAGCUCCUCCGCACGGGUCUACAGAGGCCUCGACAUCUAGUUGUCGACACUGAGGGCAAUCUUCUAAUUGCUGAAUCUGGUAAUAAGGGUGUGAGGAGAGUUGUCCUCGACGACGGCAAAGACCUUGACGUUUGCAUCGACUCUGACGACGCCUUGAUCUCCGAUGCAGGUCUGAACCAUGGUAUUGCGCUUACCGCUGAUGGCAAAACCAUUCUUGUUUCUAGUCCAAGCGAGGUAUACGCUUAUGACUAUGAUGCCUCCAAGGGCAGCGUCGGCUCGCGCCGGACCGUUAUCACUGGCAUGGAUGGAUCUGCAACACACUCAACUCGCACCUUGACGAUCCCUCUUGCCGGUAACCCCAAUCUCCUGCUCGUGGCCGGCGGAUCCGAUGGCAACCUAGACGCGGCAACUGUGGACAAGAAUGUCGUGCGCAGCCAGGUCAGAGUGUUCGAGAUCGAUGAGUUAUUGUCGACGGAAGAACCCUUGGAGUAUGGUAAAGCUUCGCUAUUCGGCUGGGGCCUUCGUAACAGUGUUGGUUGGGCAGAAGACCCUUCCACAGGGAACAUUUGGUCCGUUGAGAACUCAGUCGACAAUCUUUUCCGCGGUGAUGUCGAUAUUCACAACAGCAAUCCUGGUGAGGAACUCAACUUCCACGGCCUUCCCAAUGACACCUCAAGCGUCCAGUAUGGUGCCAACUACGGAUAUCCCGGAUGCUUUGCCAUCUACGAUACUUCAAUCGUCAAGGACUACCCAGGUGGAGCAGAGGUUGGCAAACAGAUGGCAGCUACACCACAAGGAGAAACAGAUCUGGGAUUCACCGAUGAAGAGUGCCAGGAGAAGCAAGCGCCCCGAAUUACGUUCGGUUCUCACCUUGCUCCAUUGGACGUCAAGUUUCGUGAUGGUCGCGCGGCAUAUAUCUCAAUCCAUGGAAGCUGGAACCGCAACCCCGGUGAUGGCUACCGUGUUAGCAAGGUGGACUUUGCCAAUGGCCAACCAGUGUCAUCAUCUGACGACUCAAGGGCAGAAGUGCCGCUGAUGUGGAACACGGACAACUCCAAGUGCCCUUCUGGAUGUUUUAGGCCUGCAGGCUUGGCAUUCGACAAGGCUGGAAGGCUGUUCAUGACCAGUGACUCAACCGGGGAGCUUUAUGUUCUUACAGGCGUCUAG